AUGGCACAUACAUACGACCUCAACUUCUACACCUACUUUGACGUCAAGAUCCUCCCCGAGGCUGUCGAUCAGAUCUUGGAAUCGACUCGCACUGCCGCUGCCUCCGGAAACGGCUCCCUCGUUGAUGUCGAAUACCUCGGCCAUGUGGGCGAACUCGACAACCAUCUGCUCUAUCGUGUUCCCAAGCAAACGCACACGCAGACGCAGACACAGAUUCAGACACAGACACAGACACAGACGGACAGCGGCACGACCAACUCGCCAUUGCAUCGAAUUCGGGGCGAGGAACUGGAGGAACAAAGGAACAAGCAUAUUGUGGAUGCUAUUUCAGCAGUGCAGGGCGUUGUCCAUGUCGAUGUACAGACACUGCGACAUCGGGCUAAGCGGGACGAACUUUGA